AUGGUGAUUCAGGGUCAAAUAUAUCAUCAAACAGGUUCCUUAUUGCCAGUGCCUGGUGAAGACUAUAAAUUUUUGCAAAUAUAUUUUAUGGGCAAUUCAGCAAGAGAAGUCGAUAAGCGUUGCGCACACAACAACUCAGUGAAAAGAUCCAUUAUGGAACAACUUAAAACAUUUUUCCAUCAACACAAUGAAUUAGUUGCAUUAUUCACAACUGCAUUAGACCGCAUGCCAUCAGAUAAUCACAAAAUUGUCAUCAGAGCCGAUAAGACGCCUGCAGAACAACAUGCUGGACGUUUUAAUGCGCCAACAAUUGAUGAAGUGGCUAUUGUCGUCGUGGGCGAAAAUUUAGAAAACCGAGACAUUGUUUUACAUCGGCGGAACGAUCAGCUUCAGCGUGUGUCUGAAACACAUCGAUCAUAUGAUGCCUUACAAUAUCCUAUCUUAUUUUGGCAAGGUGAAGACGGCUAUCAUUUUUCAAUGAAGAUGAUAAAUCCAGUUACAGGUGCUAACACGAACAAAAAAGUUAGUUCAAUGAAUUAUUAUUCAUACAGACUGAUGGUUCGGGAAAAUGAGGACAAUCACAUCUUAAAAUGUCGGCGUCUAUUUCACCAAUAUUCGGUGGAUAUGUAUGUGAAAGUUGAAACUGAACGAUUGAUAUUUAUCAGGUUGAACCAGGCAAAACUCCGUUCCGAGGAAUACAUUCAUCUUCGGGAUGCCAUUAAUGCUGAUGGAAAUGCACAGAAUGUUGACAGAACAACUAUUCUCCGAGCAACAUACGUCGGAAGUCCGCGUCAUAUGCAUGAAUAUGCUCAAGAUGCUAUGUGCUAUCUACGACAUUAUGGCACACCAGAUUUGUUUAUCAUAUUCACAUGCAAUCCAAAGUGGACAGAAAUUCAACAAGAAUUAUUUACUAGCCAAUCACACGUUGAUCGCCACGAUAUCACUGCUAGGGUGUUCAAAAUGAAAUUAAAAUCACUCAUGGAUUUUAUUGUUAAGCAUCGCGUGUUCGGCGAGAUGCGCUGUUGGAUGUACUCAGUUGAGUGGCAAAAACGCAGAUUACCACAUGCACAUAUCCUCAUUUGGCUGGUUGAGAGGAUAAGACCGAAUGAAAUUGAUCAUGUGAUAUCAGCAGAAAUUCCUGAUUAUAAUGAAGACCCACUGUUACAUGAGGUUAUUACAAAAAAUAUGAUAAAUGGUCCAUGUGGAAUAUUAAAUCCCAUUUCUCCGUGUAUGGUUAAAGGAAAAUGUUCAAAACGCUACCCAAGACAAUUAGUAGCAGAAACUAUUACUGGAAAUGAUGGAUAUCCACUUUAUCGGCGCCGAUCCAUUGAUGACAAUGGAAAGUCAACAAUAGUCAAAGUAAAUCGACAGGACAUUGAAGUUGAUAAUCGUUGGGUUGUCCCGUUUUCGCCAUUACUCUGCAAGGCAUAUAAAGCACACAUAAACGACGAAUUUUGCCAUUCCGUAAAAUCUAUCAAAUACAUUUGCAAGUAUGUGAACAAAGGUAGUGAUAUGGCUGUCUUCGGAGUUGCUGCCGAAAAUUCAAAUGAUGAAGUCACUCAAUAUCAAAUGGGCCGCUAUGUUAGUAGUAACGAAGGCAUGUGGCGUAUAUUUUCGUUUUCUAUACAUGAACGACACCCUACUGUUGUUCACUUGGCCGUACAUUUGGAAAAUGGUCAACGGGUGUAUUUUACAGAUGCAAACGUAUUACAACGAGUUGACAGGCCACCAUCGACAACAUUAACCAGCUUCUUUGAAAUGUGCCAGAAUGAUGAUUUUGCCAGAACGCUACUUUACUCCGAAAUGCCAAGAUAUUAUACCUGGAAUCAAUCAUCAAAAAAAUUCCAACGACGAAAACGAGGGCAGCCAGUUCCAGGUUAUCCACAAGUACUUUCCACCGAUGCACUAGGCCGUCUUUAUGCAGUCCAUCGCAGUCAAGACGAGUGUUUUUAUUUGCGUUUACUGUUAGUCAAUGUUCGUGGUCCAACAUCAUUCCAACAUCUGCGAACAGUUAAUGGUGUAUUGUGUGGCACAUACAGAGAAGCCUGUCAACAUUUGGGAUUGUUAGAGAACGACACUCAUUGGGACCACACUCUCGAAGAUGCUGUGAUUUCGUCAAAUGCUAAACAAAUACGAACAUUAUUUUCUAUAAUUUUGUCUACAUGCUUCCCAUCAACACCGACUGAUUUAUGGCAUAAAUACAAAGAUCAUAUGACGGAAGAUAUGUUGCAUCAGAUGCGUCUUAGAACAUCGAAUGCAGAUUUACAAAUGAGCGAAGAAAUUCACAAUGAAGCAUUAAUUUUAAUUGAGGACAUGUACUUGAUGCUUACCAACAAAGUAUUUACACAAAUAGGAAUGAUAGCAUCCAAUCGCCCAAGGCACAACUCAUUUGAUCAAGAAUUGGGACGCGAAGCCCAAUACGAUUCCGAAACAUUACGAGAAAUGGUUGAUAGAACAGUUCCCCUUUUAAAUCAACAACAAAAAUAUGCCUACGAUACGCUCAUGAAAGUAGUGAACGAUGGAAUUGGCGGAAAUUAUUUUUAG